UCGUCAGAAUCCCCCACCGUUUUCUGUGAUACAGGGACGGACCCCGACAUGCUUAAGUCUGAUUCUAUUCGUUUCUGAAUAUUAUAGGGAAUGUUAUAAAAUAUAGAGCAGUUAUUCCCGGAAGAAUAAAAUAAAACCUCGCGGUGAAAAUAAAAUGAUGAUUAAUACCGUCGCACGAUGCACGAGAAAAUGUUAUGCCGACUGACAAAUACGAACGAAUUAGAUUUCCUGUUAUUUCUCGGCUAUAUUCUCAGGCCUCAUAUUCAUAAAUUACAAAUACACGUGAUCUCUCCCGAUUCUGUUUCCACCACCCAUAAUCACUGGGUAAUUUGACUCUCGUGAAAUGAAAGUGAAACUCUUGAAAAACAGGCCAAGCAGAAUCUGGGAAGAAAAAAGAAAACGCUAGAUGUGUCUCUUCAUAUAGAUCUGAACACUGAUGACGUUUGUGGAGAAAAGGAAUUUGCAACUUAUUUUGAACAAAUACACGAUGCUUCUCCUUGCUGCCUUUGUAAUCCCUGCCCUGUGGGUAUUGGUAUUGCUCUGGUAUUAUAUCUGCAGAAAGUCGCCGGGCCAGAAGAGAUCUUUCUUCAGCCUUUUGCACCAGUACCUCUUUCAGAGGUAUGUGAGCCUCCUAAGCCUUUGGCAGAGGCAACGACUUGAACUCAGCACCAAGGAUGUUCGACAAGUGCAGGAAAGCACUCUGCUGCACAGGCUGCACAAGGAUAGAAACACGGAGUAUGGAAAAGUGUACCGAUUCUCUGAAGUUACAGACCGUGAAUCAUUCUGCAACUUUCACCCCCUGACACAAUACGGUCACUAUAAAGAUUACAUCCAGCGCGUUGGCAAAGGAGAGGAAAACGUAUUGAUUUCCGAGAGACCAAGUGCCCUCUCUGUGACAUCAGGGACCUCAGGCUCUACCACUAUCUUACUGAGUGUCGAAACGGCAAUUAAUGACUUCCAUCAGGCCUUUGGCGCAUGCUAUAAUGCAAGGAUUAAUACCUACCCACAGACCAGAAAUCUACAGAGAACUGCAAAGUUUUUCUACCCACCCGUUUGGAGAAAAUCAGAAUCCGACCUUCUAAUUGGCUCCGGCUAUGUCUCUACAAUGGCUUCCAAACACUCACUGAGCUCGUACUCGACACCCGCGGUCGGAUAUGAAAUAACAGCUGCAGCUGAGGCACAGUACAUCCACCUCCUUUUUGCCCUCAAAGAUCAAACUUUGGGGAUCCUGGAGGCGAGCUUUGCUUCCAUAAUCUAUCAUGCUUUUGCUUUUCUGCAGCUUCGGUGGGAACAGUUGGUUGAGGACAUUAGGGUGGGGCGUGUGAAUCCAGAGCUGACUGUUGCCCAAGGUGUUCGCCUGAAGUUAAAUGCCCAGUUGAAGCCUGAUCCGCAAAGGGCGUUGAAGCUUGCUGCAGAGUUUGUGAGUGGAUUUAAGGGAAUUGCUCGCAGAGUGUGGCCCCACCUCAACUUGGUUGUUGCUGUGGAUUCUGGUGCAAACAAACUGUACGGUGAUCACCUGAAACGAUUCUACUGUGAAGGUGUUCCUAUUUACUCUCCUAUUUAUGCAGCCACUGAAGGCCUCAUUGGAGUGAAUCUGUGGCCAGAACAGCAGGAACGACAUUACCUUCUAUGUCCGCAAUCAAUGUUUUAUGAAUUUAUUCCUGUUAACUUCUCUGAAGAUGAACAACCACAAACACUGUUUUUGGAGGAAGUGAAGGAAAACGAGUUAUAUGAACUGGUCAUCACCAAUGCAUCUGGUUUGUACAGAUACCGGAUUGGAGACAUUGUGAAGGUGGUGGCUUUUCACAAUCAGAGUCCAGUGGUUGAGUUUAAGUACAGGCAAGGGCAGAUGUUAAAUGUCAGAGGAGAAAAAAUUACAGAGGAGGCCUUCUACCAAACACUACUGCGUGCUGUGAAGUUGUGGCCUGGUGCCGUGCUCCUUGAUUACUGUUGUGUAGAGAGUGGCCUUUUGGGACAAUUUUCUGGUGGUUCAGAUCCUCAUUAUGAGGUAUUUGUAGAGAUAGAAGGAGUCAGAAACUUGUCAGAGGAUCAGCGUUACAAGUUGGAUCAGUGCCUUCAAGAAGAUUCAGCAGUGUAUCAGUUAUUUCGACGCAAGGGCAGCAUUGGACCAAUGAGAGUUCACAUUGUUGCAAUGGGCAGCUUCAAGGAGCUAACAGAUUUCAUCAUCGCAAAUUUAGGCACUUCGCAUAAUCAGUUCCAAAUCCCCCGUGUUCUGAAGAACAAACAAUUUUUGGACUUCAUUCAAAGAAAAGUGAUUUCAUGAAAUCUUUGCUUUUUAAGUUUCAUGUCUUUGAGCCUUAAUUUAGCUUCAUUCACCUCUUCCUUGCAUUGGAUUGAUAAAGACCAACAGCAGCCCCUUUUGGAUGUAAUUCUACCUGACUCUUGUGACUGAUUUUGUUUUUACCCUUUUGUUGCGAGUCUUCAUGAAGUCAGUCCUGGGGGUUGGUGGUGCAGGGGUGAGGGGGGUGUUGUGGUUGGGGCUGGUCAGACUGUACAAGCUCCAUUGGAGCGUGGAACCAACCCUGAUGGACAGGCAUUGUCAUUUUGCCAAUAUUUGGAUUCUAAUAUACUGUAUACUGUAGCUUCCUAUGAGGUCUCUGCAGUGAAAAUUGUGGAUUGGAUGCACUGGAAUGAACUGAAAUCCUGCUUCAGACACUCUGUGAGAGCACUGUUGGUCAGUGGGAUUUGGUAUCUGCCGAGAUGAAACCUCUUCCAGAGAAACCCACUAUUAUCAUAACUAACCACAGCUCAUUUAUCUGCAUAAUUAUUGGGUUUUUUUUUGCUUUAAAGCAAUUUACAGCAGUAAACUUAUACAUUCAGUUAUUAAAUCUGCUUGUAUUGAUGCAAAAUUUAACUUUAUUGUUCCUUCCCUUGCAAGUUACUUGCAGGGGACUGCUGCCAUUGCUUGACAGUAAAGAGUUUUUUUUACUCUGUCACGUUUUAGCCUGGUUGUUGCCUGUCCUGAUAUACCCAAUUAAAGUUGGAGUUGGUCCACCGCUAUGUGUUUCAAAUGUGGUCAUUUUGAUGGUACAACCUCACCCGUGAGUGAUUGCUUUUUGACAGAGAGCAUU